AUGAACUCGUCCAAACGCAGAUCCGAGACUGGCGAAAACAGCAGAGCGCUCUAUGUGAAAGGCCUGCCCUACAACUGCUCGACCGAUGAUCUCUAUCAACUAUUCGGUCGCUUCGGCAGCAUAAGACAAAUCCGCCAAGGCAUCUCGACAGCAACCAAAGGCACUGCCUUUGUCGUCUACGAAGACGUCCUCGACGCCAAAGCCGCCUGCGACAAACUCAACGGCUUCAACUUCCAAUCCCGCUACCUCGUCGUCCUCUACCACCAGCCAGAGAAGAUGGCCAAGGCCGCGUCACAAGCCGCGCAACAAGCCGCGCAGUCAGCGGCAGCGGCGGGUCAGAACGGCACAAACGGCACAGCUGGGCCGACAGCGGCGAGUAGUGAGCUGGCUGAGAGGCAGGAGAACUUAGAAAAGCUCAAGCGCGAACAUGGGAUCGAUUAG